AGAUGAGACGAUUUUGCAACUCUUAGCGGUUUUCUAGUCAGCUGAAAAAAUGUUCAGCUUAGGAGGUGAAAACGGAGAAAUGCUUUCAUUUUGUUGUUGCAACCACAAUAGUGCGAGUUGUGAUUUAUUUAUUUGGCGGCCCUGGUUUUUUGACACGUGACGUGUUACCCUAACCUCAACAAACAAAAAUGUAUUUCCUUUUGUUUAAUUAUCUGUUUUUCGUAAUUGUGCACUUUUGCAAUGCAAACGAAGCGUGUUUGAAGGAGAACAGUGAACAAUGCAACGCUUCGAAAGUUAACAUGUACUCAAAAGAAGCCAACACCAAAUAUUUAAAGUACCUUGAUUUGAUUAAAAGAGCCAAGGAGAACUAUUCACCUUGUGACAACACAAAAUGUGGGUGCUAUUCCUCACAAAUAUCAGACGAUUUGAAGAUAUUUAAAAAGGGCAUAACGCCACAAUUAAUUGACAAAGUUAAAACAAAAGGAACUAAAUACCAAAUAAUUGAUCACAAAUUAUACAGAGACAAGAACUGCAUGUUCCCGGCCCGAUGUGCCGGCAUUGAGCAUUUUUUACUGAAACUUUUACCCAAACUACCAGACAUGGAACUCAUAAUUAACACCAGAGACUGGCCCCAAAUCCAUAAAGACUACGGCGUGUUCGGGCCUGUGUUUUCCUUCAGCAAGACAAGCGAUUAUAGCGAUAUAAUGUACCCAGCGUGGGCAUUCUGGGAAGGGGGCCCAGCUAUAUCCCUGUACCCGAGAGGAAUUGGACGGUGGGAUACACAUCGUGAUUUGUUGGGCAAAAAGGGCAACGAAACUCUCUGGGACGAAAAAAUCCCGAAGGGGUUUUUCCGGGGCUCGCGCACUAGCGCCGAGCGGGACCCUUUGGUGCUCCUGUCGAGGGAAAAACCCCACUUGGUUGAUGCACAAUACACCAAAAACCAGGCCUGGAAAUCGGACGCGGACACUUUGCAUCAGCCUCCGGCGCCUGAAGUGUCUUUUGAGGACCACUGCAAAUACAAGUAUCUUUUUAAUUUCAGGGGUGUGGCUGCCAGUUUUCGUUUUAAGCACAUUCUCUUGUGUAAAUCUCUCGUUUUUCAUGUUGGGAGUGAUUGGUUGGAGUUUUUCUAUCCGGCUUUGAAGCCUUGGAUUCAUUACAUUCCAGUGGAGGCGAAUGCGAGUAAAGAGAAAAUUGAGGAAUUGGUACAGUUUGUAUUGAGUUAUGAUAAUAUUGCUAAAGAGAUUGCGGAAAAUGGGUAUAAUAUGAUUUGGAAUAAUCUAAAGUUGGUUGAUGUAACUUGCUACUGGAGAAAGUUGCUUAAACAAUAUGCUAAGUUGUUGACUUACAAACCCGAAAUUGAUAACGAUCUGAUAGAAAUUAAAAAAUAAAAAGGAACUCAACGAUCUAAACUAAUGACAAUAAUACUGAAAUGACAAUAAUUAGUCUUAAGGAACCUACUUACUAUAUUUAAAUGUGAUAUUUUUUUUGUAUUUAUUUUAUUAUUCUUAUCAUGUUGUUUUAUAUUUUAUCUAUUCCUAUAUCGUAGUUGGAAAUGUUAGUCUAUUAAAAAUAUAGCACAACAAAUA